GGAUCAGUUAGUCUCAAGGAGUCGUCAGGUGUAGACGCGCUACCUGCACGCUUCCAUCGCAGUGACUGGCCCGGAUUUCGCAAGCUCUGAUCGGCGCUCCGCUGAGGAGAAAAAAAGAGAGAAGAAAAAACACGACAGUACUGGAAUAUCCCCGUGCGAGGCAAUGCAUUUUGUCAAGGUGGCACUGCUGAUGACACUGCUGGCUGUCGUGACGGACGCCUCUCUGCUGCGAUGGCUGCCCGCUCGCCCGCCGGCCCUCGGGAUCCAGCGAGCCUGGCCUUUCCGAAGACCUCAGCAGCGUCGUCAGAGUCCAGUCAACAAGUGGCGUCCUCAGCGUACAGCACAGAGUACGACUGGAGAUAUUCCGCACGAUCGGAAGUUCUUCCGGUACCUGUGCAGGACAACAGACGUCUGUCCCUACUCCUGGCAGUGGGUCGAAGGCAACAUGCUUCGCGCCAUUGUGAGACUGUCCCUCCAGAAGUGAAAUGGUGGCAGAUGACUAAAUGUAGAAAAAUGCGCGAAAGAGAAAGAAUAAUAUUACAAUGAAAGAUUUGCCAUUAACGUUGUAAUAUUUCAUAUUUAGAAAAAUGUUACGAAAUUGUGAUGCAUUAUGUAGAAAAAGUAUUAUCUCUGAUUACAUGUUAUUUACAGCAUAAAUAUUUGUUACUGUUGCCAAAGAUAUUUGCUUGUUUGUUCUGAGUGUCUCAGUUGUUAUGAAAAAUAUAUA